AUGGCCAACGACCUCCGGACCGUGGUGUCCGAGCUGCACAACGCCCUGAGCCGGAACCAAUUCGAAGCCAUCAGCGAGCUGCUGAGCCGGGGAAAGCGCGCCCUCCUGCUGCAGAACGCGCUGAUUCCGACGCCCUCGACGCCGGCGGAGCUGAUCGCCCUGGCGCGCGAGGUGCUGGAGCUCGGCGCUCUGGCGUCGAUCCGCCAGACCGACGCUCCCACCUUCACGAGAUACUACCAGCAGCUGCAGCCGUUCUACGAUCUGGAGCGGGACAGCACGAACAACGCCGGCGCCGCGGCCUUUCAGAACAGCCAGCGCAGCAAGAUCACCGGACUGUAUCUGCUGCUGCUGCUGAGCAUGGGCGAUAGCACGAGCUUCCAUACCGUCUUGGAGGGCCUGGUCGAGGAGGCGAGUCUGAAGGGGAAGAGCGUCGAGGAUGAUCCCUUCAUUAAGUAUCCCGUUGAGCUGGAGCGGAAUCUCAUGGAGGGGAGCUAUGAUAAGGUGUGGCGUGAGACGAACUCCGAGCGUGUGCCCUCGGAGGAGUUCGCGCUGUUUUCGAAUGUCCUGGUCGGAACCAUCCGCAGCGAAAUCGCCGACUGCUCCGAGAAAGCCUACCCUUCGCUCCCGAUAUCCAACGCCAAGAACCUGCUUUUCCUGGAGUCUGAAGGCGCCGUUAUCGAAUUCGCCCAGCAGCGCGGCUGGGUCCUGCGUGACGGCCGCAUAUACUUCCCCGUCGAGCCCGAGUCGGCCGCGCGCUCCGAGAAGGAUAUCCUGGUGGCCAGUGGCACGAUCAUCGAGAAUGCCAUCGGCUAUGCGCGCGAGCUGGAGACGAUCGUUUAG